CUUUAUUAUCUCUUGAAAAUGAAGAUAAUUGGUAAAAGUAACAUUAUUUUUUAAAAAACAAAAAAUACACACUUUAAUAUUGACAUGGAAAUUCCAAUCCCUCCGGCGUCCACCACGACUACCAAAUCCCUGUAUCCUUCCUUCCCUUUUCUCCCCCUCCGGCGGGUUUUGGUAUCUCACCUUUUUCUUCACAUAAUAACGUAACGUAAUCCCAUCCCAUCUCUUCCUUCCUGCCACAGAAGUCGAUCGAGAGAGAUGAUCCAGCUUCUCUUCACCGUGCUGGCUGCGGAGGCCGCGACGGUGACCGCGCUGCUCUUCAGCACUACGCUCCGCAAGCUCGUCGUCAUGGGCGUCGACCAACUCAAGCGCGGGCGCGGCCCCGUGGUGGUCAAGACCGUGGCCGCCACGGCCCUGGUCGUCUUCUGUUCCAGCCUCUAUAGCAUGGUCAAGAUCAACCGCCGCUCCGUCGAGCACGGCACGCUCACGCCCACCGACCAGGUCCUUAUGAGCCGCAACCUGCUCGAAGCCACCCUCAUGGGUUUCAUUCUGUUCCUUGCGCUCGUAGUCGAUCGCCUUCAUCACUACGUUAGAGAAUUGCGUUGGCUGAGAACCAGCUUGGACUCUGCGACGAAGCACGACAGAGCAUUGUAACAAGAAACCAGCAGACUCUCCUAAAUUAGAUUGAUUAAUUUGUGUGGAAGAUCGACAAACACUUGUAAAUUUACUAGUAUAUCAGGCCAUUAACUAUCUAUUAUUCUAUUUUAGUUAGUGCCGUGAUCUAUAUAUGGUU